UUUAUGCCCAUGCCCGUCGGCCAGCUCCAGAAUCCUAUAUUCAGGGACCAGCGAGUGGAAGAACUGAAUUUGGCGACAUUUUACCCCGCAGCCCUGACGGAGCACAAUCUAGGGCAAGCCAUGGUGCUUCCCAUGCCGGAGAAUGCGCCUGCACGCGUGUUCGGUGUACCGAGGAAUAUCCUGGUCGAGUAUCGGAUGUUGACGAAACCUGUUACCGUCGUGCGGGACGUGUCGCUCAUAGUUGCGGACAAGCUGCAGGCUGCUAGCCAGGAAUCGAGUGAAAAGCAUCGGAUGGUAUUCACUGGUAUGAAGGGGAAUGGCAAGAGUUCUCUGUUGCUUCAGGCUGUUGAGUUUGCUAGGUCAAACCGCUGGAUCAUCAUGUACAUCCCUCGAGCCGUCGAUCUGGUCAACUCAACGACACAUUACACCUAUGACCUGCGGACACAGACCUACCUUCAACCGGUCUUCGCAUACCAGACGCUGCAGCGCUUCAAGACGGUCAACCUCUCGGCGCUGCAGUCCCUGACUACCGAAAAGGUGAUCGAAGUCGAGAACAGGUCUCCCGUACCCGUUGGAACGAAGCUCGCGGACUUGGCCGACAUCGGCCUAAACGACCAGGCCGUGGCGCCGACGGUGCUGUCUGCGCUGAUGGAGGCGCUGGGGGCGCAGACGCAGUAUCCCGUUCUACUUGCCAUCGACGACUUCCAGGCGCUGUUCACGAACACGACGUACCGGGACCCGCACUUUGCGAUGCUCAAGUCGUGGCAUCUGUCUAUGCCUCGGCUGCUCAUGGAAUACGCCGGCGGCGAAAAGACCUUCGCACGGGGUGCGGUCCUCGGCGCGCUGUCUUCCACCAAUACCGCGUUCAAGCUCAAUGCGCAGCUGGGUCACGCGCUCAAGCUGCAGCCGUGGAAGAAGCCCUCGCCGUACCUCAAGAUCCCACCCGAGAUCCUCCGGUACACCAAGGGCAUCGAGCGGCUGAGAGUCCCCGACCGUCUGCAAGUGAACGAGGCGGCGUCGAUAUUUGAGGUGUGGUCGAAGACCAAGGCGCUGCACACUCACGCGGACGACGGGCUGUUCAUGGCGAAGUAUACGGAGGCGAGUGGGAACGCUAGGGAUUUUGUCUGGAAGGGGCUUUUGGCUACCCUCGAGACAUAGUAUUACCUUGUGUUCGACGGCGCAUCAUAUAUACUAGUUUUAGUUU